AUGAUGGAUUAUGAAAAAUCUUUGCAAUCAACUGGAACACUCCAAAGAGUUGUUAAAUUAAAUACAUUAUCAUCGAAUAAUCCAGGUUUAGUUGAUGGUAUUAUGUAUGGUAUUGUAAUUGGUAAAGUUGAAUUACGAAUAUUUGAAGGAAGUGAUCGUCAUCAAAGAAGUGUAUUAAAUUUUACAUUUCGAGAUUCAAUUAAAGAUUUUAUUAAUGUUGCUUAUUGGCUGCCACCAAAAGAUCUAAUGAUUAUUAGUAGUAAAUUUACAAUUGGUGAUGUUGUUGCACUUCAUUAUCCAACUGUAAAACCAAAAUUAGACGAUAAAGCAAAUAAUUAUACGCCAUGGACACCAUUAUCUUUUGAACUUUCAUUAAAUGAAAAAUCAUAUAUGGAAAAAGUUGAAGGUCCAAAAGCCAAGCAAUAUGAAUUAUUAGCUUCUGUACCUUGUCGAGCAGGACAUGAUUAUUAUACAUUAACACAAGUUGUUACUCAUGGUGAACAAUUAAUAAAAAAAACCAAUGGAAUUAAUGUUUUAGCUGGUGUACAACAGAUCGGUACAUUAAAAACAAUUCGAACACGACGACAACGUGAAACUGAUUAUGAUAAUGAAGAAAAACAACUUUUAGAAAUUUUACUUUUCGAUGGAGAAACUAGUGGUGUUUGGUUAACAUUUUGGGAUAGUGAACAAAUUAAAUUUGCUCAACGAUGGAUACCAGAAGAACACAUUAUAUUUUGUAUUAGUGUACGUGUUCGUUAUGAUGAGUAUAAAAAAGUAUAUGGUCUAACUGCAACUCGUAAUAGUUUAUUUACUGUUAAUCCAGAUACGAAUGAAUCGGUUCAACUCUAUGAAUCAAUGCGAUCAAUUCCAAUCGAUGAUUUACUCAAUGUUGCUGUCGAUGGUGGUUUUAAUACACUUCAAGCAGUAAUUGUAACUAUAAAAGAAUUAAAACAAUAUAUAUUAAAUGGUGAUGGUAAUGAUACAUUUAUUGUACAAUGUUUUUUAAGUCAUUUCGAUCUCGAUGGACCAUUAAAUCAAGUGAUUACUAAAAAAUGUAUUUUUUGUAAUCGAUCUAUUCGUGAUAAUAAUGGUAUAAUUGAAUGUACAGAAGCUGAAUGUCGUAUGAAAUUAUUAGAACAAACAAGUGAUGAUAAUCUUACAACAAAAGAUGGUUUUAAUUUAAAUGUACAUUUAACAGAUCAUACAGGAACAAUUACAAAUGUUAAAUUAGGUGAUGAUAUUGCUAGAAAAAUGUUGAAAUGUUCAGUUGAUGAAUUUAUUCUAAUGUCUGAUGAAGAAAAAACGAAACUUAAAUGGACAUAUUUACUUGAAAAAAUUCGAUUUGGAAUUCAAAUUAAAAAUAGUACAAAUUAUACGAAACCAAUUAUACGUAUUGCUUGUUUAUUUCCUCGGGAAUAUUUACCAUCAUCCAUCAAUGAUGAUGAAUAA